AUGAUGCUUGUGGCCGUUAUUGGGGAAGAGGGAGGAGGUCGGCCUGGGGCAGCUGGGGAAAAAGCAGGAGCAGCCGGCCCUUGGGGGCGUGGGCCAGAUGGGGGUGGGUCUGGGUUGAGCCCACGUGUGGUGGAGGCUGCGCCUCGGCCGACUGAAGUCCUGCUCCAAGAGCCAGGGCCGCCGGCACCCAAAACCCCUGGGGCGUGGGAACGAAGUCUAGGAGUGUUGAAACAAAAUAGGAGCUUUGGGAUCUAUAGCUAUGAUCCCACAGGGACUAGCAAGGAGUUCAACAAGAGUAUCAAUCCUGAUGAGGCUGUUGCCUAUGGUGCAGGUAUCCAGAUUGAAGUUACAUUUGACAUUGAUGCUAAUGGCAUCCUCAAUGUCUCUGCUGUGGAUAAGAGCACAAGCAAGGAGAACAAAAUGACUAUCACUAAUGACAAAGGUCAUCUGGGCAAAGAAGACAUUGAGUACAUGGUUCAGGAGGCUGAGAAGUACAAGGCUGAAGAUGAGAAGCAGAAUCAAGGUAUAUCUCUGCAAAUUUUUGUCACUAAUCAUUCUGUCAUUUUUAACAGAACCGUGGAGGACAUAGCAGUUCUAACUUUGGAAAAUGAAGUUUCAAAUUAUGAAGAGAAAAUACUAGCUUUCAGUCUGCCUUAUCAGAGUCAUGACUGCUGUGAUGCAUGUCUGCCGAAAAUAUCUCUCUCCUCCAAAGUAGAAAACCCACUCAUGGUCCCCAUCUUAUGUCGUUUCCAAAGGCGACAUGCAAAGACAAACUCUAAUUAUGCCACAUUCCAUGUGAAUUAUAAAACCCCAUGUGGAAGGAGUUUGAGAAACUUUAAGGAAGUUCACCGUUACCUACUUGAGACAGAAAGUAGCUUUUUAUUUUUACAUCAUUUUUCUUUCAAUACCUAUGUGCAGUUGAAUAGGAAUACACUGAAGAAAGAAGUCUUUGUUUCUGACUCUGAUAUCAGCCAUGGAACUGAAUCUGUGCCUGUUACCUUCUGUAACGAAAUCGACAACAGAAGGCUGCCACACUUCAAGUACCGGAGGCGGACGUGGCCACGUGCCUACUACCUCAACAAUUUCUCUGGCAUGUUUAGUAAUUCAUGUGACUGCUCAAAAGGAUGCAUGGAUAUAACAAAAUGUGCAUGCCUCCAGCUGACAGCAAAGGGCUAUGAUGAGAGUUCUGCAUAUGAUCAGAAUGUUAAACCCACUCAUGGCUAUAGCUAUAAAAGACUGCAGCAGCCAGUACCCAACGGAAUUUUUGAAUGCAGCCUCUUAUGCAAAUGUGAUCCAAGAACAUGUCAGAAUAGAGUUGUCCAGCAAGGUCUCCAAGUGCGCCUUCAGGUGUUCAAAACUGAGAAGAAGGGAUGGGGAGUCCGCUGCAUAGAUGACAUUGACAAAGGGACAUUUGUUUGCACUUACUCAGGGAGAUUACUAAGCAGAGUUGGCCUAGAAGAAAUUGGCUCUGUUGAUGGAAAAGAGGAAGAAGAGGAGGAUGAUGCUGCUACCAAUGACAAUGGCCCCCCAGCACUUUCAAAGAAGAGGAGAACAGAAGCUGCUUAUUCUGAUCCUGAAAUUGAGUUUGUCCAGGUUGAAGUGGGAGCAAUUCCUGGAGACACAGAGACUCAGGAGUACCUGAUUCAGCUCAGCAGUGAUGCAAAUCCAUCUAUUCAGGGUGAGAAGUAUGAAUAUGAUCUAAGAACUGAAAACCAACCAGCCACUAGAAGACCUAAAACUAAAACAGCCCUUCUUCAAAAUUAUCGGAAAAAAAGGGGAAUUGUUACCCUGGAAUCUGGUAUAAGCUCAGAUGAGGAUGAUGAAGUUCAACCACCUGAAGUCCAAACAACUCACAAUACAAGGGAAGAGAAAAUGGAGUCUAGCCGCUCUGGUGAAAAUUCCAAAGAGAAGCUGUUGACCACAUCUACCAUGCUGGAUAACCAUCAUUGUAAAGAAAGGCUAGUAGAGAAUAUAGGUGAUCCAUUGGCCUCAAUGUGUGAUAUGAGUGGAAUAAAAGAAUGUAAGGAUCGGGAGCAAGUGUCCCAUGAGGAAAGAACACGGGAAAGGCAAAAUCAAGAAAUCUUUUGUGAUGAAGAGUCACUAUCUGAAGUACAAAUAGGUGUUUCAGAAUCCAUAAAGAAGUUUUGUGAAGAUGGCAUUUACUUAUUGGAUGCUACUAAAGAAGGAAAUGUGGGUCGCUUCCUGAAUCAUAGUUGUAACCCAAAUCUCUUCGUACAGAAUGUUUUUGUGGAGACACAUGACAGAAACUUUCCGUGGGUGGCAUUCUUCACAAAAAGGCAUGUGAAGGCAGGAACGGAACUCACGUGGGAUUAUGGUUAUGAAGCUGGGAGUAUACCUGAAAAAGAGAUUCCUUGUCAAUGUGGCUUUCACACUUUCUCCAGGGCGACCAGCUCUCAAAAAAAAAAAUGCAACAUCCUGGCAGAAUGUGGAAACGAAACUGAUUUGGACCAGCCCCUCGGUAUCUUCCGGGAGAGGCCUAGGUCUGGCCGGCUCUGGGGGGGCGGGACUUGGCAGCCUCCGGGACGCGGAGCCCGGUUCUUCCCCUUCUCAGGCAUGGCGUCCCCAACCCCAAGUGAGCUCUCUCUGGAGCAGUCCGAUCUGUCCCCGUCAAUCCUGAGGACGGACGAGGCCUUAAGAGACCCCGCAGGGAUCUUCCAGGAAAGGAUGGUAAAAAUAACUUGUGAUCUCUGUCCACAAGAUGAUGAACGUGGUGUACUGUACGUCUCACAGGAUCUUGAAUGUGUAGCACAUCAAAAUUGUUUGUUAUAUGCUUCUGGACUUGUAGAAUCUGAGGAUGAUCAUCCUUGCUUAAAUGAGGAAGACAGAAAUUUCAGUGUGACGCUAGUGAAUGAAGAAAUCAAUCGAGGAAAGAGACUGAAAUGUUCAUUUUGCCUUAAGAAAGGAGCUACUGUGGGAUGUGACGUUAAAAAAUGUUCCAAGAAUUACCAUUUCUUUUGUGCCAGACAGGACCAAGCAACACUGAAAGCUGAUGACUCUAUUGGAAGUUACAGAGUGUUAUGCCAAAAACAUGCUCCUGGAUCAAGUAACCUUGAUUUGCUGAAGAAGAUGAAAAAAGCUGGGCUUAUUGAAAAUCUAUUUGAAGCACUUUUAGAAGAUCUUGAUGGGAUUCAUUCCAAGAUUAAUGACAACAACACUUCAGAUAAAGAAUUACAAGAAAUUGCAACCUCACUCUUUGACUGUGCCAUAUUAAAAAAAACACUCAAGAAAUUGUCUACAGAGACUAUGAUAAAGAAACUUCAGAGGGAACAGGUACAGCUACAGAAGAAGAUAGAAGUGCUCCAAAGCAUCAGAGAAAUCAUGCCUCCUCAGGAAGAAAGCAUUAAACAUUCAGCAGGCCCUUGAUCUUUCUUUUUAAAUUACAGUACUACUGUUUCUUAAAUUGAGGACAUAUUAUUUUUAAAAAAUGUUUUAUCAAUGCAAUGACUUCCAAAUGAUUUUUCCCUCUAUCUCAAGUACAACCCUCCCUUGUAAUUCUUUCCCCAUUAGAUCAUGAACUUGUCAAAGGCAAGGAUCUUCUGCCUUUCAUAUUCUCUACAUUUAGCUCAAUGCCUAGCAUAUUGUAGGCACUUCAUGUUUAUUUUUUUUUUAACUCUUACUUUCUGUCUUGCAGUCAAUACUGAGUAUUGGCGCCAAG